CAAGACAAUAAUGGCGGACGUUUUGUAAAGUGACGCAAGCGUAACGUUCUACGGCAUGCGUUUAUUCAAUAUUUCUUUAGUUAAAGUUGUUAAACUAUUAAAGAAAUUUGCGAUAAACACAUGACCAAUUAGUAAAGUGUCAACGUAAAUCAUAAGCAAUGGCACGUGAAUUUGAUCACCUCUUCAAACUGCUGAUUAUCGGUGACAGUGGUGUUGGUAAAAGCUGCCUCCUCCUGCGAUUUGCUGACAACACAUUCUCCGGUAGUUAUAUUACGACUAUAGGUGUUGAUUUCAAAAUAAGAACUUUAGAGAUAAACGGUGAAAGAGUGAAGCUUCAAAUAUGGGACACGGCAGGCCAGGAGAGGUUCAGAACGAUUACGAGCACGUACUACAGAGGUACUCACGGUGUCAUCGUCGUGUACGAUGUCACAAACGGGGAGUCCUUUGCCAACGUCAAAAGGUGGCUGCAUGAGAUUGAGCAAAAUUGUGAUGUCGUAAACAAAGUUCUAGUUGGUAACAAGAAUGACUGUCCGUCAAGGAAAGUAGUGGUCACGGAGGAUGCUCAAAGAUUUGCUAACCAAAUGAACAUCCCAUUGUUUGAGACUAGUGCAAAAGAAAAUAUAAAUGUGGAGGAAAUGUUUCUUACUAUCACAAAAAUGGUACUCAGAUCAAAAUUAGAAAUGAAAGAGAGACAAAAUGUUACAGCAAAUGACAUAGUCAAUAUAAAAGGAACCAAAACCAAGAAUGUAAAGAAAUGUUGCCAGUGAUUUUAUGCUGACAGUACACCAGGGAUGUCGCUUACACAAUGCUCAAACAUUGAGACAUGUUGCACAACCCUAGCAGGACACUAGUACCUUGGCCAAGAGUUUACCAUAAUUGUAACAUUGUAAGUUGUCACUGCAAGGUACAAACAUGUUUGUCUAUCCGCUGAAAAAGAACUUAU